AGGUAUCAUUUAAUUCCAAAGCACUAGUUUCCAGCCUGCUGCAGAAAUCAUUGGGUUUAGAAUUGGAGAACUUCAAGCCCUUUCCAAAUGGCGUGCUCGGUAUCAAGGUAUUGGUUUGGAUGAGAAGUUAUUGGAUAACGCAACUGAAAAUGCUGGAAUGUUUCUAAUGCAAGUUGAACGAUUUAUGAGGGUUUUGUGUACUGUGGCCCAGCAAUUGGCUUCUGAAAUCUGUGAAGAUACUGAUGUCAGAACAGAGUGAUCAGCUCUAUCCUUUCAGCAGCAGUGAACUUGUCAUUAUGUUUCUCAAGUUUCUCUAUGACCAAGAUCCUUUAAAACAGUUGCUGGAAUUGCCUGAAGGUGACCAUGUCAUAGAAGUAGAUGUGGAAACAAUGCAAAGAAUUAAAGAACUGUCACAUUUCGGUGGAUUCUCAGACACUGCAUUCUUGAGAAGGACAUUAGCGGAAGAGUUUCAACAAAUGGAGUGUUGUUUCCGGGAUGCUUUUCAGAUUCCGUUUGCUACUAUUUCCAAGAGAAUACAAUGUAAGGGUCUGCUCCCUCUUUUUCCCAUGGCUGCAACAAAACUUGAUUCUCCCAUUAUCUCGGCAUCUAUUUCAUACUACAAGGACUUACAUGAGGUUUCUGGUUAUGAAACAAGUCAACAGAGUCUUAUUGACUACAUUUCCUUCAGAGUGCCUGAUAUUUCCAACCCAAAUAUGUCAAAUUGCAUUGGCAUAAUUAGGGGGGCCAUACAUGAUAUGGGCAAUUCAGAUAAUGGGCAAUCUUCAUUAGAAGCUUCCCUCCUAUGCAUUCCCAGUGGCUACCACUGCGUCGAUUUAUCAUUAUAUAAGGAUGCCCAACUUAUUUUACUGCUAGACCAAAUUACCACUGGUUCUGAGGGAUCUGGAAAUGCGUCUAUGAUGCUUCUCCAAGCUGGAGACCUCCCAUUUAUAUCUAUUUCAAGAUCUUUAAGCCCGGACUCAUGGAUCGUUCUUGAAAUUAAGGAUCAACUCAUGCAACUGGAACUGGGAAGUGAAAAGGUUCGGGGUAUACCUCACUCCGUCAUACAGCCGUUUGCAGUAAGCGCUACAAGAGGGGUGGCUUGUGUUUUUUCUGCAAGAAAGCGUGCUUUGGUUUACAUCCUGGAUGAAGAUGAAGAGGACGACGAUGAAGAUGACGCAGAAUGAAGACACCAUAUUGUGUUUCAUGUAAAAUUUCUGUACAUUUUUCCUCUUUUAGUAUAAUAUGUAAUUGUGUAAAAGCCAAGCAGCCACACAAUGAUAUUUGGGUACAAUCCCAUGUAAACUGAAAGAGUCAAAAGCAUAUUUAUUGGCAUAUAUUUAGUGUGAACUGAAAUUUUCAGCAAUUGUAGCUGUGGU